GCCGCCGCCGCCGCCGCCACUGUUGGGAGGAGGGGGAGGAGGAGCGGGAGGAGGGACGAGCUGGUUGGGAGAAGAGGAAAAAAGUUUUGAGACUUUUCCGCUGCCGCUGGGAGCCGGAGGCGCGGGGACCGCUUGGCACGACGCUGCUCGGCGAGGAGACAGGACUUGGGGACCCCAGAUCGCCUCCCCCCUCACUGCCUCGGACGCUUGCUCCUUCCCUGCCCCCUGCGCGGCGUCCCCCAGCAGCCCCGGUUCCUGACCAGCCCUCAGGAAACGCAAACCCGACUCCCGCGAAGACCUGACCCAGGACCUCGGGCGCACCCCCUGCACGCUCCCCACCCCCAGCCUCUCUCCUGAGCCCCCACGCAUCCGAGAACUCUUCCCCUCCAGGAUCCGGGAGACGGGAUCUCUCAGACCUGUCUCAGCUGCCCUGUUCAAGACCACCCACCUCUGGCACCAGCUCGCUCCCAUCUCGGAUUUUUCCGUGGGAUAACAAGAAGCCACGCACCAGAACCUCCCUUCCUUCUCCUUGAAGACCUAACUCUACCCCCACCCCGCCCCCAGACUCUCCUACCUUUCGUCGGAAGACCCACCCCCCCAGCCCCGGUAGGAGUGGGGCCUCCCUUUUCCCACACCAGCCCGGCUCGCGCUCUCGGCAGUGCCGGGGGGCGCUGCCUCCCCCAUGCCGCCCUCCGGGCUGCGGCUGCUGCCGCUGCUGCUGCCGCUGCUGUGGCUACUAGUGCUCACACCCGGCCGGCCGGCCGCCGGACUGUCCACCUGCAAGACCAUCGACAUGGAGCUGGUGAAGCGGAAGCGCAUCGAGGCCAUCCGCGGCCAGAUUCUGUCCAAGCUGCGGCUCGCCAGCCCCCCGAGCCAGGGGGAGGUGCCGCCCGGCCCGCUGCCGGAGGCCGUGCUGGCCCUUUACAACAGUACCCGCGACCGGGUAGCCGGGGAGAGCGCCCAGCCGGAGCCGGAGCCCGAGGCGGACUACUACGCCAAGGAGGUCACCCGCGUGCUAACGGUGGAUAACAGCCACGAAAUCUAUAAGACAUUCAAGCAUAACUUACAGAGCAUAUACAUGUUCUUCAACAUGUCGGAUCUCCGGGAAGCAGUGCCCGAACCCGAGCUGCUCUCCCAGGCAGAGCUGCGCCUGCAGAGGCACAAGUUGAAAGUGGAGCAGCACGUGGAGCUGUACCAGACGUACAGCAACAACUCCUGGCGCUACCUCAGCAACCAGCUGCUGGCCCCCAGCGACACGCCCGAGUGGCUGUCCUUUGAGGUCACUGGAGUCGUGCGGCAGUGGCUGAGCCACAGAGGUGAAAUCGAGGGCUUUCGCCUCAGCGCCCACUGCUCCUGUGACAGCAAAGAUAACACACUCCAUGUGGAAAUCAACGGAAUCAGUGUUGGCCGCCGGGGUGACCUGGCCACCAUUCACGGCAUAAACCGGCCCUUCCUGCUUCUCAUGGCCACCCCGCUGGAGAGAGCCCAGCACCUGCACAGCCCCCGGAACCGCCGGGCCCUGGACACCAACUACUGCUUCAGCUCCACGGAGAAAAACUGCUGCGUGCGGCAGCUCUACAUCGACUUCCGCAAGGACCUGGGCUGGAAAUGGAUCCACGAGCCCAAGGGCUACCACGCCAACUUCUGCCUGGGGCCCUGCCCCUACAUUUGGAGCCUGGACACUCAGUACAGCAAGGUCCUGGCCCUGUACAACCAGCACAACCCGGGCGCGUCGGCGGCGCCGUGCUGCGUGCCGCAGGCGCUGGAGCCGCUGCCCAUCGUGUACUACGUGGGCCGCAAGCCGAAGGUGGAGCAGCUGUCCAACAUGAUCGUGCGCUCCUGCAAGUGCAGCUGAGGCCCCGCCCGCAGGCCCGCCCCGCUGGCCCGCGCCUCGGACCCGGCCCGGCCCGCGCCGGGCUGUAUUUAAGGACACCGGCCCCCAAGCCCGUCUCGGGGGCCCAUUAAAGGUGGAGAGAGGACUG